CCGACAGUACACCGCCGCCAGUGAUGGAGUACACAAGUCGGAAUUCCGUUACCAAGCACCAAAGAGACACGCAAAUAAACUAAGAGAAAUCCAAUAGCAAAUCCUACAUACGCACACGCACACGCACACGCACUCGUACAAAUCUGUGAUUAAGCGCAACUAGUUUAACGGUUAAACUGGUUUUCUGUGCAAAAUUGUAACGCUGUAAAAGAAAAAGCCAAAAUAUGUUGUUAAAUUUGUGUAAAAAUUCACAAGGCGUUUUUCGCGCUGAAUUUCGAACACAAUUGUUGGCGGCAGCGAGCGUAACCAUAAUCACAUUUUGCCAUGGGAUCGGGCUUGGCUGGUUCGCACCAAUGCUAUUCAAGCUGCAGGCACCCGGUGAAAAUCCGCUUGACUUUGAGGUCUCCGUGGAGCAAGGCUCCUGGAUGGGCGCGCUGGUGUGUCUAGGCAGUUUACUCGCCAAUGUGUUCUUCGGGUACCUAUUGGAUAUAGUUGGGCGUAAGGCCUGCAUAUAUUGUCUGGCCAUACCGCAUAUUUGCUUUUGGUGUCUCGUCUACUUUGCGCAAUCCAUUGAGUAUCUUUAUGCGGCGCGCUUCUGUGGCGGCAUGACAGGUGGUGGCACUUACGUCGUCAUACCGAUUUUUAUUGGCGAAGUCGUCGAUCCAGCGAUACGCGGUCGCCUCACUUCUUUAUUCACACUCACCUUGAAUUCGGGCAUGUUGGUGGGCUAUACACUGUCCUCCAAUGUACCCUAUCACUUGAUACCGUUGCUGGUGAUCUCACUACCCGUGCUCUUCUUACUGAUCGAAACAUUCUUCCCGGAAACACCGACGUAUCUCUUGCAGCGCGCCGAAGUUGAAAAAGCCGAGAAAGCCUUUAAAUUCUAUCAGGGCCACACGGCAGAGAGUAAGCAGGAUAUCGAUAAGUGCAAUGCGAAGUUUUCAGAGCUACGCGAUGCGAUAUCGCAAAAGUCGCAAGCAGAUGUUGUCACUUGGCGCGAUUUCUUUAGCAAACGCGCCAUACAUGCCCUCAGCAUGGGCAGUAUGCUGAUUCUAAUUAACGUGUUCAGCGGCAGCUUCGCGAUACUCAACUACGCCACGUCCAUAUUUGGCGCCAUCAAAACGGAUUUACAUCCGAAUACGAACACCAUAAUAAUCGGCUUGGUGCAAAUUAUCGGUACCAUAACCGCCAUCAUAUUGGUGGAUCGUUAUGGUCGCAAAAUGCUGCUCAUACUGUCCACCGCCUCUAUGGGGAUUUGUUUGGCCGCGUUCGGCAUGUAUGCCUUCUUUGCCGAAGAGACCAGCGUGGAUCUGACACCUUAUCAUUCGUGGUUACCGCUGCUGCUGGUGGCGCUUAUCAUACUUGCGGCAAAUGUGGGCGUAAUACCCGUCACAUUUGUCGUGCUGGUGGAGAUUCUACCGCCGAAGAUCCGUUCAAAAGGCGCCUCCUUUUGCUUGUGCUUGCUGAGUCUUUUCACAUUUAUUUUGAUAAAAGUAUUUCCACCAUUCAUGCAGGCCUUCGGUUUGUCGGCGUCAAUGUGGGCCUGCGCUUCGUUCGCCGCACUCGGCCUUUUCUACAUAGCCAUAUUCCUCCCAGAGACGAAAGGAAAGUCCAUGAGUACAGAGGAAUCGUAAAAAAGCAUUAUAAUUGAUUACUAUAAGUACUUCUGUGAAUAUGUAUUUUCUUAAUAAAAUUAUGGUUUAUAUGUAUGUAUUUAAAAAUUAA